AAUUUGUCACCUCAUUAGGUAAUUUUGUGCAAUACGAUAUUGGGUGAAAACUUUAACUUCUGGACAAAGAGGAACAUCUCCUUCAUUUCAUUAUUCAUGAUUUAGUGGAGGAAAACAGGUGAAUGAACAUUUGAAGGAGUUGAAAGUCGUACGCAUGAGGACUUAGUUUAAUUGAUGUUAUUUACCAAGUUGUCUCUAUGUUGUAUGAAACCUAUGGAUAAAUAAAUUGCAAUAGAUGAGUAUGAUAAUUAUGUUUUGUAAUCAUAUAAAAAUAUGUUUAUGUAUUUAAGUGUUUCCGCAUAAUGUUUAAAUGUUUUAAAAACACUUCAAAAUCUAAGAAACCUAAGUCUAGUCAUGGAAAUACUCUCAAGGGUGUUACAAAUCUUGAUUUUCAAGUCAAUCCAGCAUUGCUUAGUUUGUUGAGCCAAGACCAAUUUGCUGGGGGCAAUUUGGAGGAUCCAAAUGCUCACAUCUCUAAAUUUUUGGAGAUAAGUGAAACAGUGAAGUUCCAAGAUGUCCCUGAAGAAGCUGUCAAGAUGAGACUUUUCCCUCUUACUCUAAAAGAUGAUGCGAAGGAGUGGUAUCAAACCCAACCCAAGAAAGUCUUUACCUCUUGGGAGAUAAUGAUUGAACGGUUCAUAGACCAUUUCUUUCCACAUUCUCUUUAUUUCCAUGGGAGAAAUCAAAUCAUCAAUUUUAUGCAAAAGGAGGGAGAGGACCUAUUUGAUACAUGGGAAAGGUAUAAAUGUCUUCUUAAGAAAUGUCCUCAUGGGUUUGAUGAAUUUGAGCAAGUACAUUAUUUUCUUAUUGGAUUAAGGAGCCAAACUAGGAUGAUCCUUGAUGCCUCAGCUGGGGGCAACAUGAAAUCGAAGACUGCUAAAGAAGCUGUGAAUAUCAUAGAGAACAUGGCUUCUAAUGAAUAUAGCUUUAAAUAUGACAAAGGCCCAAGUUCUAGAAGGGGGACCCUAGAGCUUGAUACAAAAAGUGCUUCACAAGAACAACAUAAACUCGUUACAAAUCAAUCGAUUCCUCUCACUAUACAAUUAAGGCCCAUGCAAAAAAUAGGUCAAUAGUCACAAUCAACAUCAGGUCAAGCAAUGCAAGACUUAUGUUUUGUAGUUAGUGGGGGACCUCAUGUUAAUGGAAAUUAUGAUUUUAAAGAAAACUCCCCUGAGAAUGUUAACUAAGUCCAAAAUGAUGACCAGUCUAGUACAAGACCCUAUUAGUAGCAACAAAGUGAAAAAAAAAAAAAAAA